AUCACUCCCCCGCCCCCGAUCUAAUAAACCCACAAAAAACCAAACAAAAACUCGACGCAUUUUGCUGCCUUUGGUGCCUCAGAAACUCUCUCGCAGGACAAAGACUGAAACUGUAUAACCUGUUGGGGUUCAGCUGUCAUGGCCUCAAGCUCCUCCUCCACACUCACACUCUCCUCCUCAUCCACCCUUGUCGACGGCAAGGCUCCUCGCCAGUCGGCUGCUGCAUCGCCACAAUGUGUGACCCUUCCCACACUGCCCCCACCGCCUAUGCAGUCACAGAACCGACCCUGGAAGAGCACUGCUUAUUGCCGUAAGAUUGCUCGCAAUGUCAUGGCCAUGGCCACUGGAGAGGCACCGGCAGAAGUUGGAGCAAAUGAGCUGCCAGAGAUUGUCAAAACAGUUCAAGAAGCUUGGGACAAAGUUGAAGACAAAUAUGCAGUGAGUUCACUUGCAGUAGCUGGGGUGGUCGCGCUGUGGGGCUCCACUGGGAUGAUCUCGGCAAUUGAUAGGCUUCCUCUUGUUCCUGGGGUUCUUGAGCUUGUAGGCAUUGGCUAUUCUGGGUGGUUUGCAUACAAGAACCUGAUUUUCAAACCAGACAGGGAAGUUUUGAUACAGAAGGUAAAAGAUGCCUAUAAGGAUAUAAUCGGGAGCAGCUAGAGGAACACCGAUAGGGAAUGCUGCUGAGAUGAGGUGAACUUUUGGGAUUUGAAGCAUAUAUCUUGCAGCAUUGUCGUUAAGACCAUGGUUCCUUCUGUUAGCAUAAGCUUCUAACCCAUGUAAUAUCUACCUUCUCUUGAAGAUACAUGUAACAAUUAUAUUAUAUUUCCCCUUCAGCGCCAAUCACAUUUCUCAUGUUACUUGGAAGAGCUAUAACUAUUUACUGGAAUAAUGCACAGAUUCAGAAGACUUAGAAUUUUCUUUUAA